GUCAUAUAAACCAAAGUAUCUUUUACUGUGCCUUUCUAGUUUUCCAUUAGUAUCAUUGAUUAAAUCUGUCUGGAUCUCCCUUCUACAUUUACAGAGAGUCUGCGCAUGCGCGCGCACCACUACAGGCAGUGUUGUUUGUCUCCAUGUCAACACCUGUUACAAGCCACUUUGAAACUGAGGCCACCAAAGGAUUAAAGCGAGCUGUUCUUUAAUGAACAGGUGCGCAUGGAGACCUGCUUUAUAGAAUAUAUAUAGGACGACAAUUUUUUAUUAUUUUGCGAUUGACACGAGAUAAGAGAAUACAGAAGUGUUGAAGGUUUUAUAUUUGCAGUGCUUCUGUGAGGAUCUUUCAUGGUGGGGAACACAAAAAGAAUGAGUGUUUCUGAAGUCAAAAACACUCAGGAUGAGUAUGAGGAUGAUUUUGAGAAAGAUCUGGAUUGGCUUAUCAGUGAGGAGAGCAAGAGUGAACAGGAUCCUGAUGAUUAUGAUAUUGAAGCUCAAAUCGACAAGGAGCUUGCAGAAGAUGAGCUUAAAGAAGACAAAAGGAAAGAUGGGGAUGUGGAUAAUAAUGAAGGAGAGGAAAGGUGGCCAACGCCCAUGGAGCCAUUAGAGGGUGUGUUAGAUCCUGACAACCAGGUAACCUCUCCACAGCUGAAGAAUGAUGAAGAUCUCGAUGAAGAAAAGAAAUACAUUUUAGAUAAGAUCCAAGAGGCUAACAGGCAACUGCAAGACCAAGAACCUCCAGACCAGAGCCGCCGCAGACGCCUGCAGUUUAAAGACAGCUUAGUAGAUCUAGUGGUGCCUGCUCAGGAGUUUGAGACUCAGGAGAGAAACAGAGCCCUCUAUAGUGCCUUAGAAGAUGAUGCAGAGGUGUCAGAACAAAUGCAGAAACUAAAGAUCUCUCAUAGUGAAAAGCCAGGAGACCACGCAAAUGAGGAGGAACGCAAUGAAGGAACAAAAGAAGGACGGGUUUUGGUGGAAAAAGACGGAAAGUUUGACUUGGUGAGUCUAAAGGAGGUGGAAAGUCAAGGAUUGCUACCUCCUUUGGCAAUAUCUCACGGUAAUGAUAAUCUGCAAGGAUCCUCAAGGCAAAGUGAGUCUAGCCUCCAACCUAAUAAGAGUCCUGUAACUUCCCCGAGACAACAUUCCACCUCGCCUUUCCCCCCUGGCAUUGAGUCCCUGUAUGUCCCUAAACCUCCAGCGAAACGCAGGAACAGACCCAGUUCUGCCAGACCCUCCCAAAGGGGAACAUGGGUACAUGGCACCAAGCGCAGGGUUCAGUCAGCAAACGGAGCAUCCUCACAUGUAACCUUUACCCUCUCACCACAGCAGAAAGAAUUACUGGCCAAACAUCAGGAGCGAAGAGAGAGGCAGGCUAAAGAGGACGAGCAGAAGAGAAAAGAGGAAGAAGAACAGAAGCGACAGGAAAACGAGCAGGCCUUCCAGUCAUGGCUUAUGAGGAAGAGAGACCAAUUACAUGAAGAAAAGAGGGUCCAGAAAGCACAGGAAAUGGAAAGGAUGAGCUGCAAGAGGGACUGUGGUGACCCAGAGAAGUCCUUUAAAAGCUGGCUUCAGAAAAAACAGGAACAGCAGCUGAAAGAAAAACAGCUGGAAGAUAUGAAGAGACUGGAAAAGGAGAGCGGCUUUUGCCUGCACAGCCGAGAAGAGAGCGAAAAGGCCUUCAGACAUUGGUUAAGACGAAAGCGUGCCGAGAAACGGGCAGAGCAGCAGGCAGCUCGAGAGCGUUCUCGCAGGCUGGUGCUGGAAGAGCGGAGAGCCAGACGCAUGCGUGACCUGCUCUGCACUGUUAAUGAGAUCAAAUCCUUUCGAUUCAGUGAGCCCUAUGGAAAUCGCUACUGAAGAGAUCCUACUAUAGACCAUUAAUACAAUUUCAAACUAUUCUCAUUGUGGUUUCUGCUAAAUGAAUCAUCUAUUUAUCAGUAUCUAUGGUUUCCUUUUAAUAUACCAUCUACCUGAUACAGAAGAUGAAAGAACGUGGCACAAAGAGGACAAUAAAAGACCUCUAAUCUUCCAUUCAUCCUUUUAUUAAUAUACAAAGAUGAAACAGGUGCUUCAGUUCAUGUCCGAGAGCUUUAAGCACUUGAAAUAAUUGCUAUACCGAGAUGAUUUAAUUGAGUGAAUGUUGAAACAUUAGACAUUCUCAUCACCUUGAACAUUAUCCAGUAGACUUUGCUAGUGUACUACUACUGCAUAUCUCCUGCAGAUACAAUAAAAAUGCAGCAGUUCAGAGUCA